GAUUCGACAUGCGGUUAAAAUUGGCAUUCUUGACCCUCGGCGGCACACGUAGUUUCCGACAACACACUGAUGGCCGCCUCAUUUGGUAGCAGCAAGGGACCCGAGUUAUCUAAAGCUGAGUACUUAAAGCGAUAUUUAUCCACCGAUGAAGAUGCCAAGAAAUCAAAGGGGAAACUUAAAAAGAAGCGGCGUAAGGUUCCUGAAAAAGGGCUUAAAAUAGUAGACGAUGACAUAGACUGGAAACAGAUGGUGAGAGAGGAAAAGGAAGUUGAAGAGGAAGAAGAUGAAGCUCCAGUGAUAGCGGAGGUAGUUGACGAUCGACCAGAAGAAGUGAAACAGCUGGAAGCCUUCAGAACCGGCAACAGGUGGAAAGUGAUUGGAGCUGAUGAAAAUAAAGACUCAGAUGAGGGAAAUGAAAGAGGGGAUCAGUAUCCAGAGCAUGUGACAUCAAGCAGGAGUCGCCAUGAUUCGCCAGAGCUUUCAUCAAAGAGAAGAAGAGAUGAUUCUCCUGUCAGAAAGACCCGCCAUGACUCCCCAGACAUAUCCCCUCCCAGGAGAGGUCGCCAUGACUCCCCAGACAUAUCCCCUCCCAGGAGAGGUCGCCAUGACUCCCCAGACAUAUCCCCUCCCAGGAGAGGUCGCCAUGACUCCCCAGACAUAUCCCCUCCUAGAAGAGGUCGCCAUGACUCCCCAGACAUGUCACCUCCGCGGCAAAAUUCAGGGAAAUCGGGGAAGGCGAUGAGUAAAGAUUCAUCUCCUGCCAGGAGAAAACCCAGCUCAUCGUUAUCAAGUCAGAAACGUUCACCUGAUCCCCGUCGGUCACCGCUGGCUAAGAGGUCUCAGAACAGACAUGAUUCAGACUCUGACCAGUCACCUCCACGAAAAAAGCCACAAAAGGGAGGAGCUUCGGACUCUGACCAAUCUCCACCAAGAAGGCGUUCAAAAACAAGACGGGGCUCUGAUUCUGACCAGUCUCCACCCAGGAGGCGGCCACAGAGUGGGAAGGUCUCAGAUGAAGAUCUGUCACCACCUCGUAGGCCUGGCCAGUCACAGGGCCAUAGGAUGCUUUCUGGUGGGAAGGCAGGUCUGGUUUCCGUAGAUGUUCUAAGAAAAGAGCAGGAAGAGAACCGACGCAGAGAAAGACACAACCAGCCACUGGAAGAUGAAUCCCGCAAUGCUCAGACUGUGUUCCGAGACAAGAGCGGUAAGAGGAGGGAUUUGGAUUCAGAGAGAGAGGAACAGAAGAAGAAAGCUGGAGAAAAAGCAGCAAAGGAUGAGAAAUACGCUCAGUGGGGUAAAGGGUUGGCCCAGGGCCAGAUGCAACAGCAGAAACUUGAGGAUGCAGUGCAUGAAGCCCAGAAGCCGCUGGCACGUCACUACGAUGACGAGGAUCUCGACCGCAUGUUGAGAGAGCAGGAAAGGGAAGGAGAUCCGAUGGCUGCCAUGCUCAGACGGAAAAAGGACCGCAAUACUAAGACACAAGACAAACCUCGAUAUAAAGGCCCUGCACCACCUCCAAAUCGUUUCAAUCUUCAACCAGGCUACCGGUGGGAUGGAGUUGACAGGUCAAAUGGUUUUGAGAAGAAGCGCUACAUGCGGAUGGCAGAUAAAAAAGCCGUGCAGGAGGCAGCUUAUAAAUGGAGCGUUGAGGACAUGUAAUGAUCAAGAGCAGAGCUGAAGAGCAGGAUGGCCCAUCCUCAAUAGAACUAGUGUGACAUCAAAGUCGAGGCAGAAUAUCUCAUCCAUACUGUUGAAACAACUACAGAUUAGACACAUCUACUCAACACACCUGAUAUUUUGAAAUAGAUUUUGUUUCAAAGCAGUUUGAUACUGUACACUGUACAAUAUACUGGAUUAUAGCAAACUGAUAAACUACAAACAUAACUGUACAGAGCAGUGAAGUGACAGCGUCUUUAUGAUUUUGUAAUUAUUGAUUCUAUGUGGAGCAGAGACAGAUGUGUUUUCUACAGUUUUAUUAAAUAAUUUGUUUUUGUAAA